GCUCUUCCGGGCAUGUGCACCGCUGUCAACUCCGAAAUGUAAACAGGAAAGUCUGUUGGGAUACCUCUGUGCGAAAAUCCGCACGUCUCUGAACAUUACAUUCGAAGACGCCGCGCUGACUUUAGCUCGUUAGCAGCUCGUGAGCAGCCCGAAGUUGCGGUGGAGGAGCUCGGAUGUCAGAGGUGGAGCAGGGGGCGAGGAGAUGGGUUCCGUCCGGUGGGCUUUCCGCUGCGGAUCGUGGACGCCGAGCAGGUCAGACUGGCUGUUCGCCGCUCGCUGCAUCCAGCGGGAGGAGAAAGAUCGGAUCGGGCAGUUUGUGUUCGCCAAGGAUGCAAAGUCAGCUAUGGCUGGCCGGUUGUUGCUAAGGAGGUUUGUGUGUGAGAAGAUGGGGAUCCCAUGGUCAGAGAUCAGACUGGAGCGAUCUCCCAGAGGCAAACCUUACCUGGCAACACCUGUCAAGGUCAGUUCAGAGUCAGAUCUGGCCUGGAGUUUCAAUCUCUCCCACCAAGGGGACUACACAGUGCUUGCUGCAGAGCAGGGGAGGCAGGUCGGGGUGGAUAUCAUGAAGACCGCCAUGCCAGGUAGCAGCUCUGUGCCGGAGUUUUUCCGCAUUAUGACUCGUCAGUUUACAGCGCACGAGUGGAGCACCAUCCAAUCAGCCGCCUCGGAGCACCAGCAACUCGCCGCGUUCUACCGCCACUGGGCCCUGAAGGAGAGCUUCAUCAAAGCCAUCGGCACCGGUCUGGGCUUCAACCUGCAGAGGGUGGAGUUUCACCUGCCGUCUGAGCCGCUCACACAGGACCAGGUACUGCGCCAGACCAAGAUGCAUCUAGAUGAGGAAGAAGAAGAGGACUGGGUAUUUGAAGAGAGUUUACUGGAUGCUGAUCAUCAUGUUGCUGUAGCACUCGGACCAGCAGACAACCCAUGCCCUGCACCUCGUCCGCCUUCUCUUCUUCCGCCCACCACAUUUACCGUGCUGUCGUUCAGCGAGCUCAUCGGCUCGGCCUCGCCUCUAACAGACGAAGACCCCGCCUACUGGGAUAGCUUCAAGAUGAAGGCUGAAGCUCCGCAGAGACAGAAGGAUACACACACGUCCACAUAGCCGACACUCAGCUGCCAUACAAACGCACACCUUUCAGAAGUGCCAAAGAAGAAAAACACUGACACUGAAGUCGCUUUGGUAUUCGACUCCAAUCCAGUCACGUCCUGUCAAGUUUAUUUGCCAAGCCAGAACUUACAGGCUUGUCUCAAAGGACCUAAGAACUUAGACAGCAUCUGACACCGUCUAUCUUUAGAUUCUCAGUUCUGAUAAGUAUAAAAAAGACAGGAAAUUCUACAAAAAUCACCAACCCAAUACACAGACACACAAUAUAUCCAACAUGGCAUAUUGUUUUCUUCCUACACACUGUAUCAGAUUUCAGUCUCAUGAAACUAGAAACUGAUUGGCAACCACCCAGCAACUUCUGGUCACAUGACUGGUUGGUGAAAGGUUGAUGUCAGUUGUUGUGAAAUUGUGAAUAAAUCCUAAUUCUUACCUCAGCCUCCAGAAACACUGUGAGGAAUCUUGGAGUGGUUUUUAGCUAGGAUAUAUAUGUCCAUGUAAAUAUCAAACAUAUGUAGGACUGCUUUAAUAUGUUUGCACGAUAUCUCUAGAAUUAGAAACAUCCUGUCUCAGAGUGAUGCUGAAAAACUACUUCCUGCCUUUUUACUUCAAGGCUAGACUGUUGCAAUUCAUUAUCCUGGAAAAGCCUUGAGUUGAUCUAAAAUGCUGCAGCGUGAGUACUGACAGGGAACCGGAAAGAGAGAGCAUAUUUCUCCCAUUUCACUUCACUGACUUCCUGUUAAAUCCAGAAGCAAAAUUUUUCCAUCCAAGUGUUGGAUAAAAAUAAGAAUAAAUAUGUUUAACAAGGGAAUUAGUGAUGAUCAAAAUAAAAAAAAAUACUUUUUUGUCAUUUUCAAAUGUUUAAAAUGUGUAAAAUGUAAAUAAAAUAAACUUUAAUAA